GAAAUAUUACAGAUAAUCAUCCAUGGCUCAAUUGUCAUUUUCCUUGGGCUGUGCAACCAUUUACCACCACAUGUGAAUAACUCCAAAAUUGGACACUAAAACAAAACAAUUUUGUUGCUUGUUGGAAAGCUCACAUGUGGACUGAACAUUAGCUAUACGAAAGCUUCUUAUUAUUGUUUGUUAUUUAGCUUCAUCAAUCAUUCAAGUUUUUUCUGGCCAACUUUUGGAGUUUGUUUUCGGCUCUGUUUUUCUCAUUCAGUUCCCCUUGUCUAGCAAUGGUUUUGGUCGAUAACCAUGGUGCCAAAAAUGAGGGGAAACUGGUCGAUUUUCGAGGAAAUCCGGUCGACAAAUCAAAAACCGGUGGCUGGCUGGCUGCAGGGCUUAUCUUAGGAACCGAGCUUUCGGAAAGGAUUUGCGUUAUCGGCAUAUCCAUGAACAUGGUCACGUAUUUGGUCGGUGAUUUGCACCUUUCGUCCGCUAAAUCGGCAAACAUCGUCACAAACUUCAUGGGGACUCUCAACCUUCUCGGCCUCCUUGGCGGCUUUGUGGCCGACGCUAAACUAGGCCGUUAUUCGACCGUCGCAAUUUCUGCCUCCAUUGCAGCUUUGGGAGUGACUCUUUUAACCCUGGCCACAACAAUCCCGGGCAUGCGUCCUCCCGCCUGCCACGCCCCGCGCAGAACCAUGUGCAUCGAGGCCAACGGCCGCCAGCUGGCAAUGCUCUACACGGCCCUCUACACGAUCGCGGUCGGCGGCGGCGGAAUAAAGUCGAACGUGUCGGGAUUUGGGUCGGACCAGUUCGACACGUCCGACCCGAAGGAGGAGCGUGCCAUGAAUUACUUCUUCAACCGCUUCUACUUCUGCAUCAGCCUCGGCUCGCUUUUCGCGGUGACCGUGCUCGUGUACAUUCAAGAUAAUGUCGGGAGAGGGUACGGUUACGGAAUAUCAGCCGGGACAAUGAUCUUGGCCGUUGGGGUUCUGCUUUGCGGGACGAGCGUGUACCGGUUCAGGAAGCCCGAGGGAAGCCCGUUGACCGUGGUUUGGAGGGUCGUCUGGGCCGCGUGGAGGAGGAGAAGCCUCGUUUUUCCUCCCGAGGACACGAUGCUCAACGAGUAUUACUCCGCGAAGCUUCCUCACACGGCAAAACUCAGGUGCCUAGACAAGGCGGCCAUACUCGACGAGCACAAGACUGUGUCAGGAGGCGCGUGCACGGUGACUCAAGUGGAGGAGGUGAAAAUGGUGGCAAUGCUACUCCCUAUUUGGUGGACUUGCAUCCUCUUCUGGACCGUCUACUCGCAGAUGAACACGUUUACAAUCGAGCAAGCAACAUUCAUGGACCGACGACUCGGAUCAUUUCCGGUCCCGGCCGGCUCAUUCUCAUUCUUCCUCAUCUCCACAAUUCUCCUCUUCACCUCUCUCAACGAACGGGCCAUCGUCCCACUGGCCCGUCGGGUCACGGGCCGGGCCCAGGGCCUCACCUGCCUCCAACGGGUCGGGAUCGGGCUCGCGUUUUCCGUGGCCGGAAUGGGGGCGGCGGCCCUCGUGGAGCGGCGGCGGAGGAGCUUUUUGGUGGAGGGGAAUGUGAGGAUUACGGCGUUUUGGCUUGUGCCGCAGUUUUUCCUUGUGGGGGCGGGUGAGGCGUUUGCGUACGUGGGACAGCUGGAGUUCUUCAUAAGGGAGGCGCCGGAGAGGAUGAAGUCGAUGAGCACGGGACUUUUUCUGAGCACGCUGUCCAUGGGGUAUUUCGUGAGCAGUUUGCUUGUGUCGUUGGUGGAUCGGGUGACGGGCGGGUCGUGGCUGAGGAGCGACUUGAAUAAGGGAAGGUUGGAGAAUUUUUACUUGCUGCUGGUGGUUUUGGGGGUGGUGAAUUUCGGGCUGUUUGUGUGGUUCGCGGUUAGGCAUCAGUACAAGGUGCAGAACUACGUGUCGCCGGAAAGAGAUGAGGAGGUUAAGGGGAUGGAAGUAGCUGCUGUUGCUGCAACAGAAGAGCCUUAGAAGGGGGGAUUUUUUAUUUUUUUUUUUUGGGUUUAAGUUUUAUGUUUUUGCUACACCAUUGACAAAGACUUUGUUAUUUGGUUAAAUUUCUUUUGUUUUGUAAGCUUGAAAUUGAUAUUUGAUGAACAACAAAUUGAAGCUUGGGCAAUGCACAGACUUUGUAGCCUUUGUUACAGAAAUUGUUUGGUCAGAUAAUGAAAUUUUGUACAGAAGUGUGCUUUAUGUGUAAUAGUUGAGUAGAAUUGAGAGUUUUUAUGUGCAGAUGUGUACUUUCAACUUUGGCUAGUGUUAGGCAUUAAUCAAGAAUGGACUCUCUCUCUCUGCACAAAACAUUUUUUAUUU